AAAAAAAAGUGACCACUCAAGCAAAUGAAAGUUGUUUUGAUGGCUCCGUCGUUCAACAGUUGAGCGACCGACCAUGGAUACGCUGUCCAGUCACAGUUCUCACCUUCUUCAGCAACUCCAAGAGCAGAGGAUCCAGGGUCUGCUCUGUGACUGCAUGCUUGUGGUCAAAGGUGUCUGCUUCAAAGCUCACAAAAAUGUCUUGGCUGCCUUCAGUUCUUAUUUCAGGUCCUUGUUCCAAAACUCCCCCAGUCAGAAGAAUGAUGUGUUUCACCUGGUUAUUCAAGAUGUCAGUGGCAUCGGACAAGUUCUGGACUAUAUGUACACCUCCCAUCUGGACAUCAACCAGGAUAAUGUCCAGGCUCUUCUGGAAAUCGCCCAGUGUUUGCAGGUCCCAAACCUCCUGAGCAUGUGCAAUGCUUUCCUCAAGCCAUGUCCGCCACCAGCAGAUACCACAUCAUUCUCUCUUCUGAACUCUGAACAUGACUGCCUCUUGGGAGGGGGGCUUCCCCAUCACAUCGACCUCCACUGCCCUACAUCUGAAGCUCAAAGAUCAGGCUGCAACAACAACUCGGACCCUAAAGGUCUGCACCUUCCAGCGCGCCAUAGCAGCUCAAAUUGUGAUGGCACACAGGCUCCUGUGGAGAAGCAGUUGGUCCAUGGCUACAAACUUCGCAACUUCUAUAGCAAGCAGUACUUUAAAGAGAGCGCAGCACAGAACAACCAAGAAUCAAAUCAAGGCCCCAGCCCUUUGCUGGACGUGGGAGAUCAGCAACAGCAGAGUCAAUCACUUGUGAUCAGCCAAGGCACCCAUAGUCUCACCCCUGUGUGCUCCGCUAGCACGGCCCAUCAAAUACCUACAUGCGGGGCCACGAUGGUGGAAAAGAAUACCACUGACGCAUCGUCACCAUCCACGGCACCGUCGGCUGCAGCAGCCCCCAAUUCAGCCCCUGAAUCGGAAGACAAAAACAAGUUGGUGCGCCCCAAGAAGACGCUGUACCUGAAGAAGUACAACUACCUGCGGUCUCAGAAGGCCUUGGAAGAGAUGUAUGCCGAGUCGGUCAGCGAGCCGGUACUUUGCGUUCCCAGUCGAGAGAUCCACCGGGAGGAGCCUCCCACUCAGAGCCAAGGACCGGAGGUUCUCCCCACAGAGGGCCCAUCACGGGACACAGAGGGGGUUCAGGAGGCAGCGCCCGAGAUCCAGCUACCCAGUCCCCCCCCUGCGGACCUUGAGGAAGACGACCCAAAGAAGACCUCGGACACCCUGAAGCAGACGGGACACAAGCAGUACUGCUGCACCGUGUGUGGAAAGAUCUUCAAACACCCCAGCAACCUGGAGCUUCACAAACGCUCCCAUACCGGUGAAAAGCCCUUCCAGUGCAACGUUUGCGGAAAGAACUUUUCACAGGCUGGAAACUUACAGACACACUUGCGCCGACACACUGGAGAGAAGCCGUACAUCUGUGAGCUAUGCGGGAAGAGCUUUGCUGCAGCAGGAGAUGUCCAGCGACAUAUUGUGGUCCACACCGGCCAGAAGCCACACCUGUGCGAUAUAUGUGGGAGAGGUUUCAGCAACUUCAGCAAUCUCAAAGACCACAAAAAGACCCACACCACAGACAAGACAUUCACCUGUGACCAGUGUGGAAAGUCUUUCAACAUGCAGAGGAAGCUGCUGAAGCACAAGGUCCGCCACGCUGGGGACAAAACGCACCACUGUGACACCUGCGGGAAGUCCUUCAUCGGCUCAGGGGACCUGCGCCGCCACACGCGCUCCCACACGGGGGAGAGACCCUACGUCUGCGACGGCUGCGGCAAAAGUUUCACCCGCUCCGCCCUGAUGAGGAGACACAGCCGCAUGCACUGCAAGGGGGCCCGAGAGACCAGCCCAGAGUCCGAAGCCCCGGAGCGGCCCUGCACCUCCGAAGGAUCCGGCAGCGCGUUGUCCAAACCCCCAGCGCCUCCGCCUUCCGUGGGUCCGCCCUUCUCCGGCCUGAUGCCCCACACGGGGGGGAGCAAGUCUUCAUCCCCGCAUCAACCCAGAGCUGUAGGGACUCCGUCUCCCAGCGGUCACCGCCACGCUGCUACCACCUCCACCUGCCUCCCCGAGCUGCGGUUGCUCGUCCCGCACCACCUCCUCGCCUCCAACCACACGGGGAAGUGUCCACCGCCGCCUCCUGGCGCCGACCACCUUAAGCUGGCCAAACAUGCCCUGCCGCAGGAGGCCCUCUAUGGCCCCUAUGUGGAGGGCGGCGUGGUGGCCAUGGAGGCGGGUGGCAGUAUCGUAGGGAGGGCCUACCUCCAUCCAACAGACAGUCACAGUCCGCUCACAGCGUCCACUAAGGCCGCUAGUGGCACCUUCAGGGCAGGGGAGGGUCAGUUAAUCUCCAGCGUUACCUUAUGGGGCCUGGCUAUGAAGACUCUGCAGAAUGACAAUGACAUGGAGCCGUGAGGGACUCGAGCAUGUUCUUAAGAGCACCGAACACAAUGCAUACACAGAAUACACCGUACAAGACAUCUGCUGGUCGCCACGCAACACGAUGUAUGCACCCGAGAAACGAGGGCUGUGGUAAGACUUUGAUUUUACACGUGGAACAGCUUAGUGAUGAAAGUAGAUUGAUCUAUUCUAAUAAAUGUAAUACUAAAUUAAACGUUAACAUAAAAUGUGAUUCCCUGCAUUUAUCAACUACCACUAUUUGUUUAUUUACCAAUGUUUGAUUUAAACACCACAUCAAUUUCAUAUAUUGCUCAGGUAUUUUGUAUACAAAAUUAACUAUGCUUGGUUAUCAAUAAAUGAUCCCAAAUAGA